GCAUUACAGGGUUACGGAUUGAAUCAUGGACAACAGGAUCAUAGCUUUCCAUAUGCCACUCAAAAUAAAGAUUCUCCAUCAGCAGGUCGUGGGGUAGUUGUCACCAACUUGGAAGGUACUGCUCAGUUGGAUUACCAUCAGUUUGAUCUGCCUCAAAACUUUGACCAAAGCUUCUAUCUCGGCUUUAAUGGGAUGAAUCUAUGUGGUGAAGAUGGUACCACCCAGAAUCUUGCUAGUAGCUAUCUUCCAGGUAUAUGCCCUCCGCCUUCAGCCUUCUUAGGCCCGAAAUGUGCACUCUGGGAUUGUGCUCGACCAGCACAGGGUGGGUUGGACUUUUGGCAGGUCUACUGCAGUAGGUUUCAUCAUGACCUAGCCCUGAAUGAAGGCCUCCCGGGAAUGGGCCCUGUUCUUAGGCCCGGAGGCAUUGGCCUGAAAGACGGCCUUCUCUUUGCAGCUCUUGGUGCAAAGGCUGAGGGAAAAGAUGUCGGUGUCCCAGAAUGUGAGGGAGCUGCAACCACAAAGUCUCCUUGGAAUGCUCCUGGUAAGUUUAGAUGAAGCUUUCGUUUAUUUUUACAGCUUUGUCUAUUGAAGUAAGUAUUACCUCCUACCUACAUGUGGCAAAUGGAAUGGGUUGGUGGCAUCUCUUGAAAAUUCUAUGUGCUUUGGAGGUUAUUUCAUUCAUUUGUCAGGUCUUAGGGCUAAGGGGUGUUGGAUGAAAUUUUACAAGGUCUGAUAUUGAACUGUAAAAUGACUUGUGAAUUAGUUUGUUUAGUGGCUGUGGUAAAGUGAAUUUUUGGACUGAAUUGGCAAAAGAUCGAUUUGAAUUCCAGACCAGUUUGUCAAAUUCUGAAGUGAAUUCGGUACUGAAAUCUAAGGCCCAUAAGGAUUUUUGUAGUAAGUUCUAAGACAACUCAAAAUUCUUUGUUAUUAUUAUAUGGAAGGUUUAGGUACUGAAAUAUGGGGAAAAUGUUCAGUUUCUUUUAAACCCAUCGACACCACCUAUCCACUCGCCAAACCAAUGGAUAUGGUGGGUUAGAUGGGUUUCAAGUGGUUGGGUUUUGCUGAUAUUUGCCACCUCUAGCUGAGAUGUUCCGUUGACAUCAUGGACUAGCAUAUUCACUGUGUUAUCUUAGAUGACCCAAUCAUGCUUUUCUUUUCUGUACUUUGCAGAACUCUUUGAUCUUUCGGUUCUUGAUGGUGAGACAAUCAGGGAGUGGCUCUUCUUUGACAAGCCACGUCGAGCAUUCGAGAGCGGCAACAGAAAGCAAAGGUCGUUGCCUGAUUACAGUGGGCGUGGAUGGCACGAGUCGAGGAAGCAAGUCAUGAACGAAUUUGGAGGACUGAAGAGGUCCUAUUACAUGGACCCACAACCAUUGAACAACUUCGAGUGGCAUCUGUACGAGUACGAGAUCAACAAGUGUGAUGUCUGUGCCUUGUAUAGAUUGGAAUUAAAGGCCGUUGAUGGGAAGAAGAGUGCUGCCAAGGGCAAACUGACCAAUGACAAUUCAGUGGUUGUUAAUCUACAGAAGCAGAUGGGAAGGCUUACAGCCAAGUUCCCUUCCGAUAAUAACAAGCGUUCUAUGAAAGGAAGAGCCAAAGUGGAUGCUAAAGUUGGCGCUGGAAAUCCUUAUCCAGUGCCUAACCGAGUGGUGCCAGCGAAUGAAGGUUUCGAUUAUGGACUCGGACCACAGUACAAUUACCUUGGUGGUGAUUAUUAUGGGACGUGAGAAGAAGGCGGCUGGCAAUUAUGUGAAUACUAUUGCUUGGUCUUUGUCUUUGUUUAAUAACACGAAGCCAACGCUUCCAUCUCUGUCUUGGAUAUGGAAUGUGCAUAUAGUCAAACGUUGAUUGGAAAGUGCUACCCCCAGGUUUAUAGCUUGGAAGCUGGAGCUCAUUUCUAACUCAUUGAUGGCGACGAGAAAAUGGCUAUUUUUUCCCCGCAGCCCAUUUCGAUUAACAUUACAUGUGGUGUGUUGAAACAAACACACUGAAAUUCUGGCAAUUUUGUGGUACUGUCGCUUGAUUGCCAAGAUAGGUAUAGUAAUCUAUUAUGGCAGUAACUUUUGGUUAUCUGUAAUGAUGCAAUCUCUGUGGAGAUUGGUUUGUUGUGAAGCUUUGAUAUGGUUGCACCGUAAACAUCAUUUGUCCUGCGGCAUAAAACUUGUAAAUGAAAAUUGGAGUUGCCUAGCCAUAUGUUAUGCCGAAGUUCGUAUUGCUCUCGGCCAGAUAGUGUUUCUCGCAGAGAUUGUGUGGUUGGUUCACACAUUUAUGUAUGGUGGUUCUUAUGGUUGUAACCGUGCAUGGAUGACUCAACUUUUUGGUACAAGGAUAACAAAUUCAAUAAUGGCUUUGGUGACCGAGGUUAUCAAUCCCUUCGUGAUAAGCAAUGUUGGCGGAUUAUGCUAGAGCUAUCCUUCUUGCUUGCGAGUUCUUUCCACGGAUCUUCCUCCAUGGUUUUGGUGUGGCCUUGUGCAUAGUCUUUUUUUUAUUUGGCAGCUGAUCACUGCAAGUUGGGGAUGACGAGAUGAUCAAUGGUCUUCACAAUCACAACCAUUGGCUCCAAAGCAUGUUCCCUCCGUUUUGAAGGUGCUUUCAUUUAUGCUCUCUUUCCUCCAGUGCAUGUGCAGGUACUUCUACCCCGCUAUCUGUUCGACAUUACAACAAUUCUGGCUUGUACUCAGCACGCUCCAACUACCAUCUAGCCAUGUCACUUACGCCCUAAUGCUAAUGUAUUGCGGCCUGGAGUGCUACCUAUAGACCGGUCAUUGUACCGACCCACCUGGCACUUUCACAGUUCCUCUUGCUCCUCCCUAGUACCACUUGUUCAUCCGGCAAUUCAAGCACCAGGCCUGAGAACUCGUUGUUGCCCUGUUUCUGCCGACCUCUAUAAGCAUGCUCUGCCUUCACUUUCUUUGCCAAAAUUUAUAGCUUUACCGAUCCCUCCGUUAUCCGCCUUGAGUGCUCCUAUCACCCACCUCACAAUCCAUGUCAAUGGGGUCAUUUGCACGAUGAGUGGUGAAGCUAUUGGUUUGGGACUGGCUUUAUCAAGUAGGUUCAGUUCACACUUGGGAGGUCUGCUUAAAGGAUGGCAGACCACAAGCUGCUCGCCUUUGUGGAUGCACUUUCUUGUGGCCUAUCAUGUUACCUGACAUUAUUUUGGAUCAUUGACGAUGCAGAGUGUCGAUUGAUCUCCUUAGGAUAUGCACAAUCACUCAUGCUCGCGUGUAUGUAUACAACUUUGCAAGAGUUGCAUGCACCCUUUUCCAAUUCGCGAGAUGGUAGAUUUUCUUACAUUAGUUGCAUACUUGUUUAACAAGUUGGUUGUAUUUUUUGCAACAAGAUGAGCUUGAGGAUCUCAUAGGAUCGCAUUAAAGAGAUACUCUUCAUCUCCCAACGACAAGAUUCAUACUCCCUGGUGAUUGUUCUACUCCUCAGGAGGUUGAUUUUGUGGAGAAGCGUCAAUGAUCAUUUUAGUAAAUCUAACCACGUACCCGAAACAAUUUGAAGCAACAAUUGGCUCAAACAUUUGAAGGUUAGCUUUAGCAUAAUCGGCCAUAUCCACAAUCCCAUGACUGGGUACAUAUGUCACCUCAAUCAAUAGAAAAUUAGGGCAUCUAUUACCUAUUUCAAGACUUCAGACGAGACUGACCAUUAACACUUGCACUGCAUUAAGGACACCACAGGCAGCACAUUGGACAUCUUAAAUUGUUCCGCAUGUAUCCGUUCCCUAGCUGCAAUCAUAUAAGCAUUUAUGACAUUGGUACACUUUAUUGCCCAAAGUUCUCCUUUACUGUUUCAAUUUUUGUCCUCUUCUGUGCCCACCUUCAGCGAGCUACUUUUCUUCUGGAUUUCUUGCCCGCCACAACGGAAGAAAGGUUUUAUCUUUCCCCAAGACCAUGCUCACCCUGCCCCAAUCCCAUGCCUUCAUCUUACUGCCUGAAAAUCCGGAAGCCCACGUCUUUUCCGUCAUCUUACACUCCCCAAAUCUUGCCAUCCCGGUAUGCUUCUCAAUGGUACAAAUACAAUAGCCUCUGCAACCCACUUCAGCACGCCACCCACUUCAUCACUCCAACUCUCCAACAUCAAGCCACACCUCUCACAGCUGUUCCUCUUUCCCAACACCCAACCGCUUAUUCCACCUAAUCUUCCGAUUCUUCUCUGUCAAACCCAUUUUUCUUACAAGUUUUGUUCAUCCUCCUCUCUCUCUCCUGAACCAGACCCCCAACGAUGGUCGACGGAAAUGAGCCUGACUGAUCAACGACAACAAAAUCGGUUCGGUCACCAUCAAUCUUUAAGGUAAGACUUAUGGUCCUCUUCUUUUUCUUAGAUUCCAAUGUGGAAUCGGAUGCCAUUAUUGGUGAGUGUGUAAAUUUGAGCCAUGCUAUGUAGUUUCCAACAUGUAAGUGAAAGAUAUAUAUUUUGUUGCUGAUCUGCGGUGGCUGAGUAUGUUGUUUUCAUGAGCAUUUUAUGCAGGGGAAGAUUGGCGGUGCAUAAGCUGAAGGUAGGGGAUCAGAAAACGACUCUCUAAUUGCUUCUUUUCUUAUUUACCUAACUGAUGUGGAAAUAUUGGGGAUACAAUGAAACUGCUGGUUUUCCUAUUCUUUUCAUUUUUUCUGUUGUCUGUUCUUAUACGAGGUUUCAUGGUUUUCAUUGCUUUUGAGAUGGAGAACAAAGCAUGCACUUGAGACUUGAAGAUUGUAGUUGAAGAGCAGUGGUACAGUCCGGUUGAGGCCGUCCUUUAGCAUGGAGGAUCUGUAUGUAGAUCUCAUUGUCAGUUCUUAAAUCAGGUGCCACCUACCAUGCUAAAGUUUGCUACUUCUUUCUAGGUCUCCUCCGGACAUUCAGCCACGCUGACACAGAUGAUAAUGCAAUGCCAAACUAUAAGAGGAAACAAGCGCUCAACCUCCUCUUCUCAAGUAUGGUCUGCUGUACUUUGCACCUACAUAAUAAAGAGAAGGCUCUUUUGCUACGACUUACAAGAUUGAUAAGUGGAUUAGUGUUUUUUCAUGAGUUUAACCUUGAAUUUAGUGGAGCAUAAUCCGCGGCAGAGCAUUUUACUCAAUCUUGCAAGGUAGAUGGUAUCGAGAAUGUGGAACUUAACUCACUUUCCAUUUGAUUGGUUUUCUUCAUUUUCAAUAUCCAAUCCGCGUAAGGGAUAUUGGACUUUACAGUAUUUUUCCUUAUAGCUGGUAGUAUUUGAAUGUGUAGUUAUAAUUCAUACCACCAUUGUAACAUUUGAUAGGAGAAAUAAUUAAUUUCGUUCUGCAGCUCACUCAUCUUAUUGCUAUAUAACGCAAUCAAGCGGCCUUUGCGUAACGAUUCUUGGUGAUCAUCAUUUCUAUAACUUGAUUUAGUUGUGUAACUGCAGGUUCUGGAGUUGCACUUUUGUUGUUGGCUAAUAUGUGUUCUCCUAUCAAGAGCGAGAUGGAUCUCAUUAUACUGUAAGUUCACAUUUCUAACUCUCAUUCUUAACAUUAGAUCAUCGCUAUUUUCCAGCUUUGAUAUGCUUUAUGUUGGUCAUAGUAGAUAGAAGUUCGAUUUGCAAAUGCCUCCCUCUCAUAAGUUUCAAUGAAUUUGGUCAUUUCCUCAUACAACUUCAUCACUGAAACCUGAUAGCAGAAAACUCUGCUACCUUGCUGUAUUUUAGCAAAUUUCAUCUUUAGGGAGUACUCUCUCACUUCGUAUUCCUCCUUCCACGGUUCCAUUGCCUUUUAAGAAAAAAAAAAACAAAUUCUAUGUAUCGAAAGUAUAAGAUCCAAACGUUCUACAAAGUUAGUCUUGAGUUUCGACCUCAUACAGCUGAACUUCAAAUGCACAUUAAUUUGGCGUAUUCAUACGCACUAUCUCAUUUAAAUGCCUUUGUUUCUUUUUGAAAAUUGUCUGUUCAAUAGAUUUUGGAAUCAGAUUUUACAUUGCAUGGGUUGGUUGGAUGGUAAUCUCACUGGAUGCUGAAUUAGAAAGGGAAAUGCUAUCAACUCUGAUAUUAACUUUAUGAUUUCCUGCAAGAUUGCUUAUCAUGUUUCCUGUCAUCAGUCGGGGCACUAUGAACUUAAUGGUAUGAUUGACUUACUUGAUGUGUGAUAAUUGCAUGAAGAUCAGAUGUUUCUCAUACGUUUUUCUUCUUAUAUUAUUUUUAUAAUAUUUACAGUGUGCAUGGGAUGGUAUCUGGAAGCAAGAAAUGGAAUAAGUGAAGCUUCUCAAUUGAGGGAUUACCUUGCCAGUCCCUCUUGCUGACUUGCAUUCUACUUCCCAUCCGUUCAAUCUGUAUUUUUGUUUUGCUUAUACAUGACCUUGUAGUCUCACCAUUCUGGAUCUCUGAACUCUGCUAUUUACUUUGAAUUUCUUACGUUGCAAGGUUGAUGGUAGUUACAGACUACCCUUUGUUGUUUCUUUACCUCCUCCUUGCAAUGUUGUUGUGCUUCUAUUUAUCAAAUCAUGUAUCCGCUUUAGCUACUCUCACAAACCAAGAUUGUAUUGUCAAUAAUUUUUAUGUUUCAUU